AUGUAUUUCAUGUCUGCUAUUCAAUAUUCUGCUCAGUUCACACUAUUGCAUACAGAUGCAGACACCACUUAUUCAGGGCAAAGAGGAUCCAGGAUUGAUACACUGCUUAUUCAGGGUAAAGAGGAUCCAGGAUUGAUACUAAUUAAACCACCAAUGAAUGGCGAUCAGCACCUGAUCUAA